UGUAGAGUAUAUGAGCUGAGUGGUGUCAGUGUUUGUCGACCUCGGAGCAGAAUGGCUGCAGUCACAGAGCUCUCCUUCCUGCUGUUUGCUCUCAUCAACUACAUCCAUGCACAAGAACGGAUCAUCAUCCAAAAGGAAAGGUCCUCUUACACCUUCAAGCUCCCCGAGAACACCAACUCCUGCCUGAUCUCCAGAUCUGUUGGUGAGGAGAAGCUUGUCCUGUGGAACACCUCUGACCUCUGGUCCAACAGCUCCUCAGUACCUGAAGACCUGAAACUACGACUUGUCAGCUCGGUGAAAACUUCUUCUUACACCAUCCUCAACCUGACCCAUUCAGACUCCGGCCGGUACCGAGAGGAGUGUUGGACUGAGGGCAACGUGACGCAUGAGAACAACAUCACUAUUACUGUUUGUACUACUUCAACAGAUGGGAGAUAUAUUGGAGCGAUCUUUGGAGAAACAGUGGACCUGCCAUGUGAGGGAGCAGCUGAUAAUCUGGAUGUCCAGUGGCUCAAACAGGACUCUAGAUAUGAAACAUGGAGCAGAGUUUUUGGGGACAAGACAACAUCAGUGAUGGACAAUGUUAGAGAAAGAUACCAAGUGGUGACAGACAUAUCAGAUCUUCGUGUUUCCAACGUCACAGCAACAGACGUUACAGAGUACAGAUGUCUGGUGAUGAACCAACAGCAGUGUGUUAGCAGUUACACUGUAAAGUUGAGACUACGGUACGAGGUAAUCUACCACUCAGUAGGAGAGACCGCUGUGUUGCCGUGCACUAUCACUGACUCCACUGAUGAACAGCCCCCACGUUGGUCUAAUCAGAUCUCCAGAUACUUAGGACAACAAAAGCAGACUGUUCCUUCAGUAGACCAAAACUACUCGCUGGUGUUUUCAUCUCUAAUGUUAAAUCACUCAGGUUGGUACGACUGUAAAGUCUCUGGGAGACGGCAACAGUAUUACCUGGUGGUGUGCCCCAAAUUUGGCCCCCCUGCUGUAGAGCUCUUCUCAGAGGGAGAAGAAGUCACUCUCAGAUGCAGAGAUUGGAGAAAGGGUUGGUGGCAUCAUUGGUUUAUCAAGUCACACCGAACAGAGGGAAGAAUCUUUAGUUUAAUGUCUAAUCAGAGAAUGAGCAGAGUGAGCUGGUACUAUGAUAAUGGUAUCCUGGUUAUCUCUAAUAUCUCAGUGGGAGACGCAGGGGAGUACUGGUGUGCAGUUUAUGAUGGUGUUUCUCAGUGUCUGUCAAUAGACAGAACUGUGUUAAUGAUGCAGAUGUUCCCUUAUCAUCUGUAUUAG